AAAAGAAAUGAGUGAAUUCUUCUUUAAUAUCGAUCAUGGGUAUUUAGAGGGAUUAAUUCGUGGAUUUAAGUCUGGUCUUUUAACAACGACGGAUUACGCUAAUCUUGUUCAAUGCGAAACUCUUGAAGAUUUAAAAUUGCAUAUUCAAUCAACUGAUUAUGGAAAUUUUUUGGCAAAUGAACCUGGAAGUAUUACUGUUCAAGUUAUUGAUGAACGUUUGAAAGAGAAAUUGGUUGCAGAAUUUAAUCAUCUUCGAAACAAUGCUUUGGAGCCUUUGUCGACUUUUUUGGACUUUAUUACGUUUGUUUUUCUAUUUUUUGGAGUGUGUUGUCUUUAUGGUUUUAACGAGUCUUAUUCUAAUGUCAAAUGUACUAUUUGUAUUUCUUCCUGUAUCCAUUUCUCUUUUAUUAUCAACAGGCCCGUAGCCAGGAUUUUUUUCGGGGGGGGGGGGCAUGGGGGGAAAAUUUUUUCUGCGCCAAAUUUUUGGCGCCGAAGGCGCCAAAAAUUUUUAUUUUCAGGGCCGCAGGCGAAAAUUUUGAAAAUUUUAGAGGCCGUAGGCCAAAAAAAUUCACUUUUUCGGCGCCACAGGCGCCAAAAAUUUCAUUUUCAGCGCCGCAGACGUAAAUUUUUUGAAUUUUGGACCUCAAGAUGCCAGAUUUCUUCCUUUUUUAGCGCCGCAGGCGAAAAUUUUGAGAAUUUUAGAGGCCGUAGGCCAAAAAAAUUCACUUUUUUUGCCCCAGCCCUUCCCCAAAUUUUUUCCUUUUUCCCAUUUCGGGGGGGGGGGGGGAAUUCCCCCCCUCACCCCCCCCCUGGCUACGGGCCUGAUUAUCAAUAA